GACCAUGUAGAGGAGUACUACUUUGUUAGAGCAGUUGUUGUGGACAGUGUACCCAUUGCUAUAUCACCUAGAGAAAUUGAAAAGGCUUCCUAUAAUGAAGAGGAAUUGACCCGGGUGAAGGAAUGUGUUAAGACAGGGAAAUUGGACCGGUGAAUACUCCCAUCGUAUGCACAGGUCAAGGAUGAGUUAUGUGCGGUUAGCCCAGGAAGAGCACCAAGGUAUCUUCAAAACGAAGUAUCGUAUUCGCGGUAAAGUUUGGUGGCCGGAAAUGAACAAGGACGUUGAGAAGUUUCGUAGAGUUUGUCAUGGCUGCCAGGUCACUUCUGGAUUUGACCCCCAAGAGCCGAUGUUCCGCGUUUUUCCUCCAAGUGCUCCUUGGCGGACUCUGGAGCAGAUCUACUAGGACCCCUACCCACAGGAGAGAGAGUAUUUUGGUGGUGAUCAAUAACUACAUUAGAUUCCUCGAGGUUGCUUUUAUGAAGUCCACGAUAAGUGCCAAGAUCAUUGAGACAAUUACGCCCAUGUUUGCCAGAUUCGGUUUUCCAUUUUCUUUAAGGACAGAUAAUGGCCCCCAAUUCGUAUCCGAAGAGUUUGAAGCCUUUUUACGUACGAAUGGUAUCCAGCACCAGAAAUCGACACCGUUGUAGCCUCAGGCCAAUGGAGAAGUGGAGCGACAAAAUCGCUCAUUGCUGAAGUGUCUACAGAUAGCACAUUUGGAGGGAAAGAACUGGAGAACUGAGUUGCUUGAAUGGUUGAUGACGUACAGAUCCACUCAGCAAACGACGAAGGGGACUACACCCUGUUAUAUGUUUGGCCGCGAAGUUAGAUCCAAACUGCCAGAGCUAAAAAGAGAAACAGUUGGUGUGCCAGGUAAAGAAGUGCGAGAGCGUGAUUGGUCAAGUAAAUUAAAGGGAAAAGCUUAUGCAGAUCUCAAGAGUGAUGCUAGCCUAAGAGCUUACGUGUUGGCAACACAGUUCUUUUGAAAGCAGAAAAAACUAACAAGUUGUCUACCAAUUUCAACCCUGAUCCCUUUAAGGUUGUUCAUAAGACAGGGUCAGAGGUAACACUUAGGAACAGGGCUAGUAUUGAACUGAAAAGGAACACUGUUUAA